GUGUAGGAGAGCGACACACACACACACAGAAGUGAAUGGGCCUGGCUCUGGAUGCACAGCUGUGAUAUCAGGAGCAAGGAUCGGACUUUGGGAUAAUUUUGGCAAGAGAGUGUGCUGGAAUAUCAAAAUAACUUUUUUUCUGGAGGUUUUCACUCACUGGGGAGAGAAGGAGCGCUAAGAGGGUGUACGUGCGUGUUGCAGAGCUGUGGUUCAGGGGGAUUCAGAUGGCAGGCAUAAGGGGGGCGGCCUGCACUGGCGUCUGGCUCUAGAGUCCACCGAGGGCUCCCCUCUUUAACUGGACACAUUCCACAGGACGUGUGCCCAUGAGGUCGACACCACUGGUCCUGGUCCUCCUGAUCGGCGUCCAGGCUGUACUGAACAUGGGAGGUGGACUGGCCCAGAGUGCCAACCACAACGUGCAAGAGGAGACCACAGCCAAUCAGCGGCAGACUCUGGCGGUGGCAGGGGACCGGCACGGGGAACUUCACAGGACCAGCCACCACAGGACCAAGAGGCGUCAUCGGGUAGCCUCCCACACGCCCGACCCCUCCAUCCCGGCGGUGGACCCCAAGCUCUUCGCCAAGCGACGAUACCGUUCCUCGCCCCGCGUCGUCUUCAGCGAGGUGCCACCCUCGCAUGAUGCCCUGGAGGCUGAGGGCUAUGACACUGAGGGGCGGAGAGGCCUACGGGUGAGGCGCAAGGCCGGCUCACACACCAUGCACAGAGGAGAGUACUCGGUAUGCGACAGCAUUAACACCUGGGUGGGCAACAUGACCCGAGCCACGGACAUCGCCGGCAACGAGGUGACGGUGCUGCCCAAUGUCACCAUCAACAACGUCGUAAAGAAGCAGUUCUUCUACGAGACCACCUGCCGAACCCCAACACACAGAGCGAGGGCGGGGGGCCGAGGCGGCAAGCAGGGCUCCAAAUCAGGCAACUCGGGCUGUCUCGGCAUCGACAGUCGCCACUGGAACUCCUAUUGCACAAACACGCACAUCUUCGUAAGCGCCCUCACUAUCUUCAAGGAGCGGACAGCCUGGCGCUUCAUCCGCAUCAACGCCGCGUGUGUGUGCGUGCUCAGCAGAAAGUCUUGGGCGGGGCGACUCGGACACUGACUAGGAAGGACAGCCCCCGCCCGGCCAGCUAUGAAACUAGCACACACAUUUCCCCCAGACGACCACUACAGCUUUAUUGCCAAUACUGUAAACCUUGUCCCCGUCUCACACACAUACACACACACACACAUACACACACAUUCACAUACAUGGCUUCAUCGUUCCAGCCCCAUGGCACCCCUGCCCCUCACCCUACCUCAGCCCGAGAAGUCCUGGUCUGGACUGCAUGCUAUAUUUAUGACUUAUACAGUGAAAUAUGAAAUUAUAUAGUACGUGUGUAAAUGUGUGUGUUUGUGUUUGUGUGUGUGUAUGUGUGUGUGUCUGUUUGUAUACACACAAAAUGAGCUUUUAUUGUUGUCGUUGUUUUGUUGUUGUUCUUAUUGUUAUUUAUUCAACACAUCUGUACUUGCCUGGUUUGUUUUGUCAAUUUUAAAUAUGCACAUUCAGAAUUUCUACAUGAUGGAUAAAAGGAAAUGACCAA